AUGGCAUUGGCUUCGUGGCGGCAUUUCAAUUUCUUCGAUAGUGCUCAAGUGAAGGACCCUUCUGAUCCAACACAGAGUCCGGCAAUCUUCAGGGACCCUUCUGCUAAUGUUAUAUGCUCGGGAGGUGGUCACGUAUUUGUCGGAGACAGGAAUGGCCGCAUUCAAAUCUUGAACGAUAAGUUUCGAGUCAUAAGGGCAUUCACGGCACAUCAGGACGGAGGCGUUACGCACUUGUUGCAUAACGGUAGAGAUCUACUACUUAGUAUUGGCGACGACAAUGUAGCUGGGCCGCAUCUUAAGCUGUGGCAGCUUGACAAGAUUGAUAAGAAGACCGGCGUUCCCCGGAUUGCGACAACUUACGUAUUACGAAGAGGUGAGCCGUUUCCAAUCUCAUCAGUGGGUUUCGUUGCUUCGUUCGGUCAGAUUGCUGUAGGAUUUGCGGAUGGUACAGUCGUUCUUCUGCGUGGUGAUGUUGCUCGGGGCAGCACCUGGAAACACAAGGUCGUUUUUGAAUCAGAAGAACCAAUCACCGGUCUUGGUUUUACAGAAGGGACCAAGCAAACUAUUCUCUAUGUCGUUACAACGAACCGGAUUAUGACAUACAUCUCUGCUGGAGGUAAAUCUCACGGACAGCCAGCGCGUAUCCUUGAUCCUGCUGGAUGUGGGCUGGAAUGUUCUGCGGUCGACCCGCAUACGGGUGAUCUCGUGGCAGUCCGCGAAGAUGCCAUAUAUUUUUUUGGGCCGAAUGGUCGCGGACCUUGUUAUGCUUAUGAAGGACCCAAGACUAUGGCUAAGCUCUAUAGGGGGUAUGUCGCUCUUGUUUCGCCCCCAACAGCACCGCAGCCAUCAGAAACAAUUCGCAAUAUCUCUGGCAUGCCAUCUUCAGAUUUCUUCGACACGGCUAGGAUGACCAUUGUUGACACGGAACAUAAGUACAUUGCUUACACUGGCGAGUUCCCACAGGGUGUGCGAAGUAUGUUUAGUGAAUGGGGCGCCUAUUUUCUGGUAACGCUAGACGGCCAAGUCCAUAGGUUGAAGGAGAAGGAUCUGCCGUCGAAGCUUGGCAUUUUGUACAAGAAGAAUCUCUUCACCUUGGCAAUUAACCUGGCCAAGACAGAAGCAGAAGGCUCGGUCAACGUGAAUGAGAUCUACCACAAGUAUGGAGAUUAUUUGUAUUCGAAGGGUGACUUUGACGGAGCUAUGCGCCAGUACAUCGACUCGAUUGAUGAAGCACAACCGUCGCAGGUUAUUCGAAAAUUCUUGGACGCCCAGCGCAUUCACAACCUCACUCAUUAUCUGGAAGAACUUCACAAACGAGGCCACGCUAAUGCGGAUCACACGACUCUGCUGCUCAAUUGCUACGCAAAGCUCAAGGAUGUGCCUAACCUUGAAAAGUUCAUCAUGGCUGAGAUAGAUCUCAAGUUCGAUCUGGAGACCGCAAUGCUUGUGUGCAGACAAGGAGGGUAUCAUGCACAGGCGGCUUACCUAGCAGAGAAGCACGGAGAGAAUGCGACCUAUUUGGCCAUUCAACUGGAGGAUUUGCAUGAUCAUCGUGCAGCAUUAGAGUUCAUAAGGCGGUUACACCCCGACGACGUUAACGUGCAACUGGAAGCAUACGGAAACGUUUUGUUGAAUGAGUUCCCGGAGGAGACUACGCAACUGUACAUCGACUAUUACACCGGAACAUACAUCCCGAAACACAAGGAAGUAACGACCACAGCAGCUUCACCGGCGCCGACCCCAUCAUCGUUCAUGCCAAACCUUUCAAACCUGUCGAACUUACCAAACUACACCCAUUUUCUCUCGAGCAUGACAACUGGCCUCGGUACCGGAUCAUCGUCGCCAGCACCAUCGACACGCGUGCAGAUUGCCUCGGGAAAACCAGUUGAGGUCAAGAGAGUUGAGUACACGGCAGCUCAACCUCGUACUGCUUUUGCAACAUUCUUGGACUAUCCCCAACAGUUCAUCCAAUUCCUUGAGGCGCUAGUGCCUUCCCUCUCCGAUGACGGAACAGCCCUUAGAGAUGUCAGCACAGCUCUGUUCGAGGCAUAUCUUCGACGAGCGGUCGAGACUUCAGGCGACGAAAAAUCCGAAUGGGAAAGAAAGGCUAAGGCUAUGCUUGAGGAUCCACAUUCGCUUGUUGACCAGACGAAUGCCUUUUUCAUUUCACAAUUCACGUCCUACCGCGACGGCAUGGUUUAUUUGCGUGAGAAAGCGUCUCUGACAAUGGAUAUUUUCCAGUCUUGCGCAAGCUCCCGUGAUACUCCUGGCGUUAUUGCAGCUCUUCACAAAUAUGGUGGUCAGGAGCCUGAGAUGUACCCGAUGGCGCUACGGUACCUGACGUCUGAUCCAAAGAUCCUCGCUGAUGCAAGUGACGAACUUCCUUCAAUCCUGGAUAAGAUCUCUCGUGAUGGUCUAAUGGCACCCUUGCAGGUGGUGCACGCCCUGAGUAACAACGCUGUUGCAACAGUCGGCGUAGUCAAAACUUACCUUGGGAACGCGAUUGAAAGAGAAAGGAGGGAAAUCGAGAACAACCGUAAGCUUGUCGAGAGCUAUCGCGUAGAGUCCGAGAAGAAGAAGAAAGAGGUUGAUGACCUCAGACAGGGGGCUCGAGUUUUCCAAGUGACGAGGUGCUCGGCCUGCGGCGGUACCUUGGAUCUACCUACUGUGCACUUUUUAUGCAAACACUCGUUCCAUCAAAGGUGUGUCGGAGAAAGCGAAGCUAUAGAAGAAUGCCCGCAGUGCUCUGCCAAUAAUGCUACGAUACGGGCUAUCCGAAAAGCACAGGAGGACAUGGCAGGCCGGUCGGAUCUCUUCCUCGCCUCUGUCAACGAUUCCUCUGAUUCUUUCAGGACGAUUUCCGACUGGUUCUCGAAAGCGCCUGGUGUUCUCAACACCGCGAAGGUCGAAUGA